AUGGAAUGUUCGACAUUGCAAAUUAAUCAACGAUUAUUAAAGAAUGAAUUGAGGAGAUCUUCGACUUCUGUAGGCUGCCCAUCUCUUAAUGUGUCUGAAUUACGUUUGGUGACAUUUGAUUUAUUUGGCGCAUUGAUGUCAACAAGAUCUUCAAUGAAUCGUAAUAUAGCUUCUCUAUUACCGUCAUUAUUGCCGUCUGAUGUAGAGAAGUUUACAAACAAAUGGCUUGAGGACUAUAAGGACUAUUUUGGAGUAUCAUUUCCAACAUCUUUAACACAUCGACCUUUCCUAUGGGUUAUUCGUUCAUCAUUAUUGAAAAUAUUAGAUUCAUUUGGUUUAUCAGAAAUAAUAACUGAAAAUAGUCCUACUUUCAAUGCUUUGAUGUCCACCUGGGAAUAUCUAGAGCCAUAUCCUGGUACUGCACAAGUUUUAAAAAAAUUGAGCAGAAAAUAUCAUUUAGGAUUGCUUUCCAAUGGUGACAAAGAAACAUUAAAGGCAGCUUUACGUGUGUUUCCAUCUUCUGUGAAAUUUUCAGUAAUUUUAUCAUCAGAUUAUCCUGUUAAUUGUUUUAAAAAUUGUUCAGCAAUGUAUGCUCAAGCAUUAGCUGCAGUCAAUGGUAAUAAGAACCAAGUUUUGCAUGUCGCUGGCUCACCAUAUGAUGCACAAGGUGCGCGCGCUUUUGGUAUUUUCGCUGGUGCAUUAGAUAGAUCAGCAAUAAAUACAAAUCCAAAGUCAUGUUUUGCUUUUGAUGAUAUAAAAGAGCUACUUCCCUUCUUUCAUCUCUAA